AUGCAGGCCCUAAAGCUCGCCCUCGUGGUCCUUGCGGCCGCCACGGGCCAUGUUGAAGCCGCAUUCUCGUGGAAGAAUGUUCGAAUCGGAGGAGGUGGUGGCUUCGUCCCCGGCAUCUCGUUCCAUCCCAAGACUAGUGGGGUAGCCUAUGCCAGGACAGAUAUCGGCGGCCUGUACAGGCUCAAUGCUGCCGACGACUCGUGGAUCCCCAUCACGGACUCUCUUGCCACCAACGACAAGUGGUCUUACUGGGGAAUCGACGCCAUGGCCCUUGAUCCUCAGGAUGAUAAGAAGAUCUACGCCGUUGCCGGCAUGUACACGAAUAGCUGGGACCCCAACAAUGGUGCCGUCGGUGGCAACAUGCCCGGUCGUGGCAUGGGCGAGCGUCUCGCCGUUGACCCCAACGACUCCAAGGUCAUCUACUUUGGAGCGCGCAGCGGCAAGGGUCUCUACCGCAGCACUGAUUCAGGUGCCACCUUCUCCAAGGUCUCCACCUUUACCGCCACCGGCAAAUACGCUCCCGACCCGUCGGACCCCAACGGGUACAACAAUGAUCCUCAGGGUCUGGCCUUCAUCACCUUUGAUGACACCUCCGGCACCGCUUCCAACGGACGCACCAAGAGAAUCUUUGUCGGUACUGCCGAUAACACCACCGCUUCCGUCUACGUUUCCAACGACGCUGGCGAGAGCUGGAGCGCCGUCGCCGGCCAGCCCGGAACCUACUUCCCUCACAAGUGCAAGCUUCAGCCUCAGGAGAAGGCCCUUUACCUCACCUACAGCGACGGUACCGGCCCCUACGACGGUACCAAGGGCUCCAUUUGGAGGUACGACCUCACCACCAGCACCUGGAAGGACAUCACCCCUGCUAGCGGUGACGAUCUCUACUUCGGCUUCGGUGGUCUUGCCCUUGACAUGAAGAAGCCCGGAACCAUCAUGGCCGUUACCCUCAACUCCUGGUACCCCGAUGCCCAGAUUUUCAGAUCCACCGACUCCGGUACCACCUGGUCCAAGAUCUGGGAGUGGACCUCGUGGCCCAGCAUGAACCAGUACUACUCCAUCAAGACCCCCAAGGCCCCCUGGAUCUACGAGAACUUCCUCGCCACGGACAGCAAGCGCCUCGGGUGGAUGAUCGAGGCCCUGGAGAUUAACCCUCACGACAGCGACCACUGGCUCUGGGGCACAGGUCUCACCGUCUUUGGCGGCCACGACCUCACCAAGUGGGACACUGCCACCCGCAACGUCAGCAUCGAGUCCCUCGCCAACGGUAUUGAGGAGUACGCCGUCCUCGAGGUUUCGUCCGUUCCCGGCGGCACUGAGCUCCUUGCCGGUGUUGGUGACGACAGCGGUUUCACUUUCAAGACCAAGGCCGAUCUCGACACCUCGCCCAAGACUGCUUGGAACAACCCCAUGUUCACUAGCUCUACUGGUGUUGACUAUGCCGGUAACAGCGUCAAGAGCGUUGUCCGCGUUGGCAACACGGCGGGCAGCCCCCAAGUUGCCCUCUCCAACGAUGGUGGCGCUACCUGGAACCUCAACUACGCUGCCAGCAACUCCCAGUAUGGUGGCCGCGUCGCCUACUCCGCCGGCGCCGACACCAUCAUCUGGUCCAGCGACUCCUCUGGCGUCCUCAGGUCCCAGCACCAGGGAUCUUUCGUCGCUGUCUCUUCCGUCCCCUCCGGUGCCGCGAUCGCUUCCGACAAGCGCGACAACAACUACUUCUAUGCCGGUACCACUCGUCUCCUCGUUUCCAAGGACAUUGGCGCCACCUUCGCUGCUGGCGGUGCUCUCGGCUCCGCCACUUCCAUUCGUGACAUCGUCGUUCACCCCACCGUUGCCGGUACUCUCUGGGUUUCUACCGAUGUUGGUAUCUUCUACUCGACCAACUUUGGUGCCUCUCUCUCUCUCUCUCGUCCGCGCCUGGUCCUCUACGCCUUUGGCCACGGUCCCGCCGGCGCCCGCCUGUACGCUAGCGCCAACAACGGCGGCUCUUGGGAGGAUAUCCAGGGCUCCGCUCAGGGCUUCGGCGCCAUCGAUAUCUGCCGCAUUGCCGGCAGCGCAAACGAGGCCGGCCUCAUCUACGUCGGAACCAACGGCCGCGUUGAUCUUUCUCCGCAGCACGGGUUUGGGGGCCUCGUCGACGCCGACGAACCGCCUUACGAGGAUGUUGUACAGGCCGCCGAAAGCCAGGGCGAUGGCGGUGGAGGUGAAGAUGAUGACGUUGUAGGGCAUGCUGAAAUCCGGCGUGGGCAGGUUGAGCAGGAGCGAGGUGGUGCGCAGGUUCAGCGUGCGCGGGGAAGUGGUAGUAAGGAUGGCGGCGGCUACGUCGAAGCCGCGGUUGGCGUCGGGGGAUACUCGGUGUAA